AAACGGAAAACAAAACACCGAUUCGUGCCUGCUUAUUCGAUAUAUAUAUCGUUUAGGGUAAACAGAAUUUUCAUUUCUACUUUUUCGAUUCAACAAUUGUAUUCAGUUGAGUUCAUUGCUGUCCACCAGAUCACUAUAAUCAUAAAAAUGGCCGGAGAUUUAAGUAGAAGCGAUAUUGAAAAGGCUGAAUUCGCCUUCAGCGUUUACGAUCAUGAUGGCAGCGGCAAAAUCGAUGCUCAGGAUAUCGGUGAUGUUCUCCGUGCCCUCAACACAAACCCAACCUUAGCACUUAUCGAGAAAAUGGGUGGCAAGAAGAAGCGUGGUGAACAAUUGUUGAGCCUCGAAGAAUUCCUUCCCAUUUACGGUCAAGUGAAAAAGGAAAAGGAACAAGGUUGCUACGAAGAUUUCCUUGAAUGUUUGAAAUUGUACGACAAGAAUGAAGAUGGCACCAUGUUGUUGGCUGAAUUGCACCAUACACUUUUGGCUUUGGGUGAAGUUUUGACAGAAGAACAAGUCGUUGAAGUAUUCAAAGACUGUAUGGGUGCUGAAGACGAAGAUGGUAACAUCAAAUAUGCACCAUAUCUCGAAAAAAUGUGUGGAGUGGAACCAGUGACUUAAAAUCUAUAUAAAAAACUUUCUUUUCAAAACAAAAAAAAAACUUCAUAAUUUUGACUACUUAAUUUUCAAACAAAGAACGAAAGGACAACAGCUACUUACCAUCCAGCCAUUCGCACACAUUUCAUAAUUACAUCAACUUUUUUUUACCAUCAGAAAAAA